AGCAGACAUCGCCAAAAACCUUGGAAAUGAUCCAAAAAUUCUUCUCAUACAACGCCACGCCGGAGCCACCCACGGAUUACACGGACGAAUAUUUCUCCAGUUUGGGCCAGAAUCUGGUGACUGCGACGAACUCCUUCCUGAUGGUGACCGGCCUGUUCCUGAACACCAUGGUGCUAUUCUUUUUUUACACGGUCGUUGACACCAAGCCCAUCCAGAGCUCCCUAUGGACCAACUUGUCUGUCUGCUACUUGGUCAAAUGCCUGGUCAUGCUCUAUAGUGUAGCUGGCGAUAUUUUCGAUUUUUUAAGUAAUACGGAAGAGAAAUGUAGGAUCCGAUUUGCCCUCCCGUGGAGCAUGGACAUCGUCUGCAUCAGCUGUUUCAUCAUGAUUCUCAUGGAGCGGAUCAUCGCCAUCCACUGCCCGGCGUUUUAUAGCGUUCUGCAAGAGCACUCUAUAAUGUUGAACAGCUACUGUUGGGCGUACGGGGGCUGUUACUUCCUACUCUAUGCGUUAGAGUUUCAGUUGUAUGACUGCCCCUCCGAAUGUAAAACGCCAUUUACUCACGUGACUCCCGUGGACGCGGUUCAUACUGUCAGUUUUGCCACGGUGGUCCUCUUCAUCCUAGCCUGCCUGACGAGCAUGUUGUUUCUGUACCCGUCCAACUACAGCAAGGUGGAGAAGAUCCGCUUGCAGAUGGAGAUGAACGGAACAUAUCUGGUGAUUGGCUUAG